AUGUCGCUCGAGAGCGCCUUUCGUAAAGCGUCGCCCAGAAGGACGCACAGGGAACGCGCGCAGCCAAGGGGCCGUGCGAAGCUGGGGUUGCUCGAGAAACACCGCGACUAUGUAGAACGAGCCCGUGCUUACCACUCGAAGCAGCAACGGCUGAAAGCGCUGCAGCAACGUGCAGAGUUCCGCAACCCUGAUGAGUUCUAUUUCAAAAUGCUCCGACUACCGAGCAGGGACGGAAGGAUCUCGGUACCACAUCCGAGCAAGUUCCGUGGCGCGGAUGCCACCGAGGAUAGACGCAUGCGCCGCCUCGACGCACAGACACUGCACGCGAAACUUGCACACGAACAGGCGGAGUACGAUCGACUCGCAGCGGAGUUUCCACUUGCAGCUGCCGAGGUACGCGUUUCUGCCAGCACUCGAAACGCUGCGGGAGCCCGUGCUUCACACACUCGUUUUCAUCCAAUGACUUGUGUGCCGCUCACAGAGCACGGUGACCGAGGCCGAGCAUUCGGCACAGGUCGUGACCCGUCUGCGGGCGAUGCAGCGUUACGCGCACAAGUCGUCGAGGAUUUAGGGCGCCGUGCUCAACGCAUUGAACGUUUACGUACACUUACGCACCAAGUGUGGAUAGAGUGCCAGAUUAGGGGCAAGGGUGCCAAGAAGAAAAUUCGCGAUUACACUGGAAAACGAGCUGCAGUUUACCGAUGGCAACCCGAGCGGAAACGAUGA